AUGACUAUACAGCCCAUAAUCCUCCCAGAGACCAUCGUGAUAGGUGUAUUGGCUCUGCAAGGUGCUUUCGUAGAGCACAUACAUUACCUGCAGAAAUUACGACCCCAAGGACACACCAUCAAAGCGAUCCCUAUCCGUACCCUGUCCGAAUUAGAACAAUGUCAAGCAUUAGUCAUCCCCGGAGGAGAAUCCACUGUCAUCUCAUCGAUAGCAUCACAUACGCCUGGACUGCUAGAAGCAUUGAUAGAGUUCGCUCGGAACCCUGCGAAAGCUGUCUGGGGGACAUGCGCUGGGAUGAUCUUGAUGGCUGAUGUAAAUGGGAUCGGAGGUGGGAGGAAGAAGAUGGUUAAAGGGUGGGAGGGGAUUGGGGGAAUGAAAGUAUGGAGAAACUUGUAUGGAACUCAAUUAGAAUCCUUUGAAGCUCCCCUUACCAUCCCAUCCCUAUCAAACCCUUCCAAACCAUUUAACGCCAUUUUCAUCCGAGCUCCCGCCGUCCACUCGUUAUCCCCCGAAAGUCAAGUCGAAGUGGUAGCACAAUUACCUGAACAAUUCUUACCUCCCCCACCACCUUCAGACUCACCAUUGGGAGAACCCAAUCUAGAGGACCUGGGAAAGGUAUGGUUGAAAAAGGGUAAGAAGAUGGUCACUUCUUUCCAUCCUGAGUUGAGUGGGGAUGUGAGGGUACAUGAAUUCUGGGUUGAGAAGUGUGUGUUGGGGAGGUAA